GGCGGGGGGAAUAAAAAUGUACUGCACCAGCGCCACAUUCAUUUAGUUGAAUAGCUUGAGCGGAUCUAUUGCUAUUCAAUGCCAACAUUAAUAUUAACUGACCGGAUAGGCUAUUUAUUUUUAUAUGUUCAUAUGAAUACAGCAAUAUGAAGAAUCUGGUACUGCUCUUUUCCUUCGCAUUAUUUGUGGACGGUGCGCUCGGCAAUACGAAAAAGGUGUCAGUGAAGGAGGGAGAUUGUCUCACUCUACACACUGAUAUCACUGAAAUACAACGAAUAUUUUUGUUGAUGUGGAUGUAUGGAUCUCAAAACACUAUUGUUGCUAAAAUUGAUGGGAAAACUCAGGCAGUCUCGUUAUACGAUGUUGAUGAUGGGAGGUUUGAAGACAGACUGCAGUUGGACAAUAAGACUGGAUCUCUGAACAUCAGGGACAUCAGAACCAAACACUCUGGAGAUUAUCAUCUGAAGAUCAUCAGCAACGAGACCUUCCUCCAGACAUUCAGUGUUACUGUCCAUGAUGUGAUUUUUGCAGGAUUAGAAAACAAGAAAGAAGGAGAUUCUGUUACUCUACACACUGGUGUUACUGAUUCACAGAAACAUGAUCUAAUACGGUGGACAUUUGGACCUACGAAUCCAGACAGCCUUAUAGCUGAAAUGAACAUGAAGAUUCAUGAGAUCACAUUUAGUUUGGAUGAUAUAUACAGAGAAAGACUACAUCUCGAAAAUCAGACGGGAUCUCUUACCAUCAGAGACGUCAGAACCGCAGACGCUGGAGUUUAUCAGCUACAGAUCUCCAACAGUAAAGAGACGUUAUACAAGAGAUUCAACGUUUUUGUCGCUGUUCCAGAUCCAGGUCUGUCUGCUGGUUAUAUUGUGCUGAUUUGUCUUUGUGUCCUGCUGUUAGUGGCUGCAGCUCUGGGUGUGAUGUGCUACAUGUUAAAAUACUCUAAAAAACGGAAAGAAAAGAAGAACGUGUCAGUGAUGGAGGGAAAUUCUUUCACACUAAAAACCGGUUCAGCCGAGAUCCAGAGAGACGAUGAAGUGGUCUGGAUGUUUGGACCUCAAGAAUUGGCUAUUGCAAAAAUCCACAAAAAUGCCAGUAAAAUCUCAUACACCGAUGAUGAGCAAUUCAGAGACAAACUGCAGCUGGACCAUCAGACUGGAGAUCUGACCAUCAGCGACAUCAGGAUCUCAAUCUCUGGAGAUUAUCAAAUGAAGAUCACUGGCAGGAAAACGACAAAAAUGAAGAGAUUCAAAGUUAUUGUGCGAGAGGACACACGGAAAUUCACAGAAGGAGAAUCUGUCCAUCUGCAGACCGGUGUUACUGAACUACAGAAAGAUGUUGAGAUACUUUGGAAUUUUGACCCUAAAAAUGUCCUUAUCGCCAAAAUCGAUGGACAGACCAAUAGCACUGUCUAUGAUGUUGGUGAUGAUGGAUUCAGUGACAGAUUGGAGCUGAAUGUUCGAACUGGAGAUCUCACCAUCACAAGCACCAGAAGCACCGACUCUGGAGUUUACGAACUGCAGAUCAAGAGCAGAAAUAAAGUCUCAUACAAGAAAUUCAACAUUCUUGUUUGGCUGCAUACGCUGAAAUAUACAGUUGGAGAUUCUGUUACUCUACAAAGUGAUGUUAGUGAGCUGAAGAAUGAAGGCAGGAUACUGUGGAAGUUUAGCGAUAAAGACACUUUCAUAGCUGAACUCAACCGAGCCACCAAUCAGACCAAAUUAUAUGAAGGUCCUGAUGGGAGAUUUAGAGACCGACUGCAGUUAAACCAACGAACUGGAGAUCUGACCAUCAGGAACAUCAGCAGAGCUCAUUCAGACGUUUAUACACUUCAAAUCACCAGAGGCAAAAAGAGCACAUGCAAGAGAUUCAUGGUUAUUGCCCACGAGAAGACUGAGUCUGGAACGGAGGGAGGUUCGGUCACUCUACACAAUGAUAAUGAAAUACAAAAAGAUGAUCUGGUGAUAUGGACAUUUGGACCUGAAGACCGUCUCAUCGCUAGAUGUGAAAUAAAUAAAGCAAGUUUCUGUACAUAUGAUGGCGCUGAAGGGAAAUUCAGAAACAAAUUGAACCUGGAUCAUCAAACUGUAUCUCUGACCAUCACAAACAGCACAACUGAACACACUGGAGUUUAUAAACUUCUGAUCAUCAGCAGCCGAGAGACCAAAUACAAGAGAUUCAAAGUUACAAUCCACGGGAGUGAAAGAAGUCCAGAUGGGGGGCCUGAGCAGGAGGGGACCCCCUUAAUGCAAUUAUAAAAAACAUAACACUAAUAGUAACUGUGAAUUCAGACAGUAUUACACAUUUUUAUAUGACAUUACAUACCCAAUGAGAGUGAAUUUUUUAUUAACUAUUUAACUUUUUUUUAAAAAGUGAUUAUAUAACAGUACUUGGUUCAACUUGUAUGUAUUUUGUUACGCACAAAUUUACUUGGAUCAGUUUGUUAGUAAAUUAACUUUAUACCGUUGUAUAUGGAAGUACUGUUGUUAUUUGUCACUGUGUCCUUUAUAAGAGAACACUAUAUUUAGUAUUGGCUGAAUGAGCUUGCUUGGGAUUUUUUUCCUGCCUGUUCUCUUUAAAUCAUCUUGGUUUUUGUAUUCCACUACUUUUAUUGUAUUGUGCCUUGGAAUAAUUGCUUUUGAUUGUUGUAUUCUCAUCUGUAAGUCAUUUGGAUAAAAUGAUCUGCUCAAUGAAUACAUGGUCAUAAACAGAUAUACUGCUGCUGGUAUUAGUAUCUGAUCAUGUGUGUCCUCUAGUGGACAAACACUUAUUUAGCUUAAAAGUUGUUUGCAAGUUAUGCAUAACAGAUUUUAAUGUACUGUCAUGAUCACCACUGCACUAUAUUUCCCACAAUCCCUCCUGACUCUUAUCUGCAUGCACUCCAUCAUAUAUUGUAACGAUCAAACUAAUAGCCAGAUGGAAUAUGGACUGAAGAACAGACUAAUGUUCACAAUUAUUUUUAUGACCCAGAGCAUGAUUGUGGUCAGUGUAUUUAUUUUUUUAUUUUUUUCCCCAACUUAUUUCACACUCUGUAUUUUUCUCUCUCACUCACGUGGUCAGUUUCUUUCUAGAACUUUGUGUUUUGAAGCAGAAACACCCACAACCAUGAUGAGAUUAAUGUUUCUAACAUUGUAAAAUGUUAUAAUGUACUUUCUCUGAACAUUUCAUUUACUAAUACAAUUCUGAAUUUAUAAAUAUAUUACAAAAGAGUCUGCUAAAUAAAUGAAUUAACUGAUUUAAAUCUCAA